CCUCUCUCUCUCUCUCUCUCCCUCCCUCCCGCGCCCCCCUCUCUCCUCCUCCGUAGGCCCGUACGAAACCCUAGGCUCCGCCGCCCAAAACCCCGCCGCGCCGCCGCCGUCCCAUGGCCCCGGACUCCUCCGACCCCGACGCCGAAGACCUCCCCGUCCGAAGAUCCGACGCCGCCGACGUCGCCGGCAACGUCUGGGACCUCGCCGCCCUCUCCCCACCCCCCUCCGGCGGCCGCGAGAUAUACAUUUACCGCAACACGUACAACCUCGUCCCGCGCUCUUUCGGUGGCGGCGGCCUCAGGUCUCUCAAGUUCUUCGGCAACGAUGUGGAGGUGCUCCCCCCGGAGGCCGGGGAGCUGGAUGGGCUCGAGAGCCUGCAGGUCAAGGUGUCCGCGCCCAGGGUCUCCGCGGCGCCGCUCCGCCGGAUGCGGGCGCUCAAGGAGCUCGAGCUAUGCAUGGUGCCGCCCAGGCCCUCCUCGUGCUCCAUACUGGCCGAGGUCGCAGGGCUUAGGUGCCUCACCAAGCUCACCAUAUGCCACUUCUCCAUUAGGUACCUCCCUCCUGAGAUUGGCUCCCUCAGGAACCUCCAAGAACUUGAUCUCUCAUUCAACAAACUGAAGAACUUGCCUAACUGUGUAACUGAGUUGAGUGCCCUGAAGUUCCUCAAAGUGACCAAUAAUAAGCUGGUGGAUCUACCCUCAGGAAUCUCGUCUUUGAGAUAUCUUGAAAGCCUUGACUUAUCAAACAACAGAUUGACUUCUCUUGGAUCAAUUAAACUUGUUUCUAUGCUUACACUGCGGUAUUUAAAUCUCAAGUUUAAUAGGCUUUCUCAUUCCUACGUGAUCCCCUCAUGGAUAUGCUGUGACUUGAGGGCGAAUGGUGAGAAUGCUACAAAGGGUGGCAAGCUAUUGUGUUCAGGUGUAGCAAGCAUGAACAUUUUAGCAGAAUCUAGAACUGCGAUUCGCACUUGCGACAGUGCCCUUUCAUACUCGCACGAAGAAGCUUCCCCGAAUUUGAAACAUUAUGCCCCACUGAAAAUGAAGAAGGGCUGGAAGAGGCAGGAUUGCCCGCAACAACGAGCUCGCCAGGAGCGUUUAGAUUCAAGCAGGAGCAAGCUCAAUGAAAAAUGCAUUGAUGAAAUGGCUGUGAACAUGGCCGAAGACGAAUGCCCUUUUAGUUUGCAUGAUGUGGAAAACAAAUCAGAGAUUAAAAGAUUUGAUGAAGAAAUUUCUGUACAAGAUACGUUGAAAGAAACGAGUUCUAUAUCUGAAGACGUAUCAUCUAUAGUCGAUGAUGACUUGGAUGGGCUUAUAAAAGAUAGUGGCAUGAUGUUACAGGACCAUUAUGAUGAGGAGAAACCUGGAAUAAAUAUGAGAAAUUACCAUGAUAACAAUUCUUGUAUCAGCCGAGACCCUACUUGUUUCAGCAGAGGCAGUGUUCACAGUGUUGAAAAUGAACUAGAGGAUACUGCUUCAUCAGCCCACAAUGUUGAUGAAACUGGUCGAGAGAGCCCUCAAGAGACAUCCAAAUUUACUCCAAAAUCUAAAAGGCACCCUGAUAUGGAUAGCAAUCCUAAACCUAGCAAAUGCCCAAGACCAAUUGAUGAAUGCUCAAAAUUAUCAUAUAAGUACAGUGUGGAAUCAUUUUGCAGCAUAGAUGACCAUCUACCAGAUGGUUUUUAUGAUGCGGGGCGAGAUAUGCCCUUCAUGUCAUUAGAGGAGUACGAAAGGAGUCUUGGAUUAUAUGCACGUGAAGUUAUUCUUUUGGACAGAGAACAAGAUGAAGAAUUGGAUGCGAUUGCUUCUUCAGCACAAUUAUUGUUAUCUAGUUUGAAAAGGCCAAGCUCUUUUGAAACAGAUGAAGAUGCUGGCCAUGAUUUACUGAGGGCAUCAGUGCUUGCUUUGUUUGUUUCUGACUGCUUUGGAGGUUGUGAUCGAAGUGCUUCUCUUGGGAGAACACGGAGAGCUAUCAUUAGCUUGAGGAAGGAGCAACCUUUCAUUUGUACUUGUUCCGCUGGAAGCAUAUGCGACAGCAGUGAAGCUUCUAGGCAGACCAAUACUCUUUCUGGACAAUUUGAUUUUACUGGUCUGUGUGAUAGAUCAAUACAUAUCAUCAAGGAAAGGAGAAAUUCAGGUAUUGUACCAAUAGGGGCACUGCGAUUUGGUGUUUGUCGGCACCGAGCUGUCCUAAUGAAGUAUUUGUGUGAUCGUGCGGAUCCUCCAAUUCCUUGUGAGCUUGUGAGAGGUCAUCUUGACUACACACCUCAUGCUUGGAAUGUUGUUCCUGUUAGAAACGGGAAUGGCUGGGUAAGGAUGAUUGUUGAUGCAUGUUACCCUACCAAUAUAAAAGAAGAGACAGAUCCAGAGUACUUUUGCAGGUAUGUUCCGCUCAGUCGACUUCACAUUACACUUGAUGAUGAUGGCUAUACUCCUCGGUGUUCCUUCCCUUCUGUCUCGCUAUGCAAAGAAAUUGAAGCUACAGCUUCUAGUUCCGUCUAUCACUGUAAAAUUGGUGCAGUUGAUGCUGCAGCGAAGAUAAGAUAUCUAGAUACCCGCAGUGCGUCAAAUGAUGAAGUUAAAAAAUUUGAAUACAAGCUUCUUGGGGAAGUAAGAAUGCUGGGUGCUCUAAGGAAGCACAGAUCCAUAGUGGACACAUAUGGACACCAACUUUCUUCUAAAUGGGUUCAAGUUGAUGGUGAUAAAGAAUAUAGGAUAUUACAGUCUGUGAUUUUAAUGGAGUAUGUGAAUGGAGGUUCUCUUAAGGGCUAUUUGACAAAGCUACUGAAAGAGGGCAAGAAGCAUGUACCCAUUGACCUGGCAUAUUACAUUGCUCGGGAAGUUGCUUGUGCAUUGUUGGAGCUGCACAAGAAACUUGUUGUUCACCGGGACAUAAAAAGUGAGAAUGUUUUGGUUGAUCUGGAUUCUAAGAGGAAUGCAGGCACACCAUUAGUCAAACUCUCUGAUUUUGACAGAUCCAUUCCUUUGCAUUCUUUGUCCCAUACAUGCUGUAUAGCCCACCUUGGUACACAUCCACCCAAUGUUUGUGUUGGGACACCUUGUUGGAUGGCUCCAGAGGUUCUUCAGGCCAUGCACGAGAAACAUCAAUAUGGGCUGGAAGUGGAUAUCUGGUCAUUUGGAUGUUUUUUAUUGGAGAUGCUUACACUUCGGAUACCCUACCAGGGACUAGCUGACUCAGAAAUAUAUGAUCUCAUAAUGAGGAAGAAACAAAGGCCAAGGCUAACUCAGGAAUUAGAAGCAUUCUGGACAAUGGAUGAGCCAGUUACGAGGCUGAAGUUGGGGAUCACAUGUGAUGCUGAUGCGGAUAAACUAAGACAUCUAAUAGAUCUCUUCUACCAGUGUACCAGAGGAAAUGCAUCCAAGCGCCCCCAAGCUGAGCAAAUUUACAACUCAUUGUGCUCCUUACCCACAUGUUAUGACAUGAGGUGAAUCUGGAUCCUGAACCAGAAACUUGAUGGUGAGUGAUGAACCAGAUCGGCAAACCGGGGCAGGUUAAGCUGGGUGGUUCCAGCAGGUCACGACCAACUAUACUGGCAGUUUCACUGCUCUCGGUUAGUCACUUAGAUGGUCUUCGGGUGGCGUCCAGGCGGAACAUGAGAAGUCAGAACCAAGGCAGCAACUUUGGUUGCCAGAGCUCCUCCUGAGUCAGAACAUGAGAAGUCAGUUUUGUAGCAGCACGGCAUCCCGACUCACCUGUUGUAUUAGUCUUCACCUCAUCAUGUAUCUUUGUGUCAUGCCAUCCAUUUUUAUUCUCAUUAUCGUCAUCAUCAUUUGAUGGCAUUUAAGUUAUUAAUUUAGGCCUUUUGCGGCCCCAAGGCAUUUGUCUGCUGGACUGCUGCAUCCGCCUCCUGUAUGUGUAUUUUUAUUUUUUUGUACAACUGUCAGUCCAUCGGUGAUCCGUCGUCAUUGUAACCAUUGACUGCUGAUUUAUGUAACUGCUUCGCAAGGUUAUUUAUGCUGAUUUCAUCAGUUUUUUCGA